UCGAGUAGGAAAGACGCCGCUAUGGGCCGCGCUAGCGUGCCUACCGCGCCGGGCCUUAUCACGUUUAUCCGCCCUUAUCAUUUACUCAUCGCAAAACCGAUCGCCUAACUAUUACUAGUUGAUAUAUGCACGUGCAAACACCUUCACACGAACGGUCAUAAUCAUGACUGUUAGGCCUAAAUUAUUAUUGUGUUAUUUGUGUAUAUUUUUCGUGAUUUACAAUUAUGUGAGUGCUGAAGAAGAAGUACAAAAACAGAUGAUAUGUGUGGAGACGAAAGAAUGCGGAGAAUGCCUCGUUGCAGGCCAAGACUGCCGCUGGUGUGCCGAUCCCUUUUUUAAUAACAAAGAACCACGAUGCAAUUUUGCUAAUGCUUUGAUAACGGCCGAGUGCAGUCAGGGUAUGAUUCAGCGGCAGGGGCCAGAUAUAUGGGAAACUAUUGAGAACCGGACCCUACAGGAUGUUCAGUCAGAAGACCAAGAGAAUGUAGUACAGAUAAGUCCACAAAAAAUGAGAAUAUCCCUGAAGCCUCGAGAAUCAAAAGUAAUAAAAUUUUCAUACAGACCGGCAAAGAACUACCCGUUGGAUUUGUACUACUUGAUGGAUUUGACAUGGUCCAUGAAAGAUGAUAAAGAAACCUUGGUCUCAUUAGGAGAUGACUUAUUGGCAAUGAUAAAAAAUUUAACAGAUAAUUAUAGAGUAGGAUACGGCAGUUUUGCAGACAAACCUACGAUGCCGUUUACGUACAUGGAUGAAAACCGAAUAAACAACCCUUGUACCGUAGCCGAUGAGAGCUGUGAGGCGACUUAUAGCUUUAAACAUCAUUUAUCGCUAACUACACAGGGUCAUGAAUUUAUUGAGAAACUGAACAGCAGUUCAGUGACUGCGAAUGUGGACAAUGCUGAGGCACAAUUAGAGGCACUGGUUCAGGUUAUAACUUGUUUGGAAACCAUGGGCUGGGCUAAACGGAGUCGUAAGAUUGUCAUCUUACUAUCUGAUGGUCUGAUGCAUACUGCCGGUGAUGGAAAAAUAGGUGGCACAGUUUUGAGAAAUGACGAACAGUGUCAUCUAGAUGAAAACGGCUACUAUUCAGAGGCUCUCAACUACGAUUAUCCGUCAAUUGCACAAAUAUAUAAACUGCUAGAUACUUAUAAGGUCAAUGUUAUAUUUGCUGUUACGGAUGACGUAAAGACACAUUAUGAUAAGUUACAUAAAUUACUAGAAGACUUUACAUAUAUCGCAACUUUAGAGAAGGAUAGUUCGAAUAUUUUGAAGCUAGUCAAAAUGGGAUAUGAAGACAUUGUGAGCGUCGUUGACUUUGAAGACAAUUCAAAGUUAGGACCAUUGACAAUCAAAUACUUUACCGACUGCGGAGUGGCAGGAGCGCCUUUUAAAGAAACUACUCGAUGCGAAGGUGUCAGUUAUGGCAGGACACUUAAUUAUGAAGCUCAUAUUUCACUGACAGCAUGUCCUGAGUAUGUAACGACAAACCAUACAAUCAAUAUAACCGAGAGUCAACUGGGUCAGGAUUCUUUGUCUGUGGAGGUGGAAAUUCAGUGUGGUUGUCAAUGUAAGUCUGAUAAAAAAAAACAUACAUGCCCGGUAAAUUCUCGGCCUAUUUGCGGAGUAUGCCAGUGCAACAAUGGAUGGAUGGGCACUGAUUGCAACUGCAAAACUGAGGAUGACUCGCCAUCAUUGGACCUAUCGCAGUGUCGUAAUAAUAAUGACACAAGAAUAUGUUCCGGAAAUGGGGACUGCUACUGCGGACAAUGUCACUGCGAUACUGGUUUCAAUGGAAAGUUCUGUCAAUGCAAGACCUGUAACAAGUCCAAUAAAUUAGAGUGUGGGGGACUAAACCAUGGUACAUGUGUUUGUGGCAAAUGUCAGUGUGAAAAGGAUUGGAGCGGAGAUACGUGCGAAUGCACUAAAAGUAAUGCGACCUGCAUCGCUGCUGACAGUGAUAAAGUGUGUUCUGGAAACGGCGAAUGCGUAUGUGGUAAAUGUAAAUGUUCGAAAAAAAAUGGAAUAUCAAUAUACAGGGGAGAAUACUGCGAGUCGUGUCCAUCGUGUCUGAAUCCACUGUGCGCAUACGCAGAGCCCUGCUUGUCUUGCUACGUAAACGGCUCUUGCAAACCUACAUGUGAAAUUGUUACGAAUGAUGGCGUAGAGAACUUUAAUGGAACAGAUAAUGCUGUUGUCUGCUGGAAACGCUUUAAUGAUAGAUGCGAUUACAAAUACACUUACACGAUGACUAAUAAUGACUUAUCUACAAUAGUACUCGUCAUACAUGAUACUCAAUGUACUGAGGUGACUACGGCGAGGUUUAUGAAUGUGGGUCUGUCCGUCGUAAUAUGUAUACUCAUAUUUGGUUUUAUAAUGAUCUUGUGCUACAAAAUAGGCCAAGUAAUUUCUGAUAAACGGGCAUACGCCAAGUUUUUAAAGGAAGUGGAAGAUAGUAAAUUUGGAGAUAACCAAAUAAAUCCUAUUUAUAAGUCUCCGAUAUCGGAAUUCAAGUUACCUGAUGAAUUUCCUAGAGAUAAAUUUGAAUAGUCAUUUAGAUAUGAAUAAGAUUUUAAUAGUCGAGCCUUAGUAUCAGCUUUAAUAAAAAUAACAUCUUUUGAUAAUGUCACAUACUUACUGAGUCCAUUUAAAAACAAUAUUCUAACAGUGAUUUUAAUUUCUAUUACUAUAGCAAAACGAGUGAAAUUACAUUAUUUAUGACAAAAAUAUGCAACUAUGGAUUAUGAAAAUGUGAAUGAACGUUAUUUUCUUAU